AUGGCUCCAGCCCAAUUGCGACUCGUCUUCCUAACUAUUGUCCUACGUUUAGUAGCUGCACAACAGAAUGAUGGUUCUGUAUCUGUUGGUGCAUCACUCACAGCCACAUCCAAUCUUAAACCAUGGCUUUCAUCUUCCGGUGAAUUUGCCUUUGGGUUCCAACAAGUUCAAGGGACCGAUAAUUUCUUGUUAUCCAUAUGGUACGAGAAGAUACUUGACAAGACCAUCGUCUGGUAUCCAGAAGAUGGUCGGAUGGUGCCUACAGGAUCCAAAGUUGAGCUACUUGGUGAAAGUGGACUCGUACUCACGGAUCCUCAGGGCAGAGAGGUAUGGAGAUCUGGAUCCAUUUCCGGUGUUGCAUCAGGUUUUAUGAAUGAUACAGGUAACUUCGUGGUUUUUGGUAGCAAUUCUCGCAUCUUAUGGGGUAGUUUUGAUUUUCCAGCAAACACCCUGUUGCCUACUCAGGUUAUGAAGACAGGUGGAGGGAUGAAUUCAACAAUCAGUGCAACAAACUUCUCUGGUGGACGAUUCCAGUUACGUCUGCUUCAAGAUGGGAAUCUUGUUCUUAACACUCGAGAUACACUUUCCGGAAAUGCUUACGGUGCUUACUAUAUCAGUGGCACUUACGAUCCCUCCAAUUCAACAAAUUCCGGUGAACAAGUGAUCUUCGAUGCAGCGGGAUACAUGUAUAUAUUGAGAAGAAAUGGCCAACGAUUUGAUCUUACUCCAAGAGACUCAUUUCCUUCUGGAGAUUAUUAUCACAGAGCUACUCUAGACUCUGAUGGGGUUUUUCGUCAAUAUUACAUCCCCAAGAAUCCCACCUCCAAUACAAAUUGGGAAGUUAUAUGGUUCGUGCCAGAUAACAUAUGUGUGGAUAUAAAUGAUCCUUCGAACACUGGAGCUUGUGGGUUUAACAACGUUUGCGGUUUUGAUGGUAACCGGCCAAACUGUGAAUGCCCACAGGGUUUCUCAUUGCUUGAUCCAAAUAGACCCAGUGGUGAUUGCAAGCCUGAUUUCACUCCAACAUGUGAUGAAGUUGACUCCAAUAAUGGGGGAGACAUGUUUGAUUUCAUCGAGCUCCAUAAUAUUGAUUGGCCAUUUUCAGACUACAUGCACAUGAACCCGAGUAAUGAACAGACCUGUAAAAGUUCCUGCUUGGAAGAUUGUUUCUGUGCUGUUGCAAUAUAUAGGGACACCCAAUGUUGGAAGAAGAAGCUUCCACUCUCUAACGGGAGGAAGGUUGCUUCAGCUAAUGUUAAGGCGUUCAUUAAAUACCGUAUAGGUGAUCAACCUCUUAAAAACCCUCUAGUACCCUAG